UGACACAGGGGCUGCCAGCACACACCCUCAGACCAGCUGCUGGAGUGUUGUCAUGCGGCGUCCGCUUCACACGAGGUCGAGCACAGGGAGUGAGCGAACGUGAACCGUCGACAGAUGAGGCCAGCCAGCCACGUGGUUCUCGUCCUCAUAAGUCUAGGCGGCAGGGAGGGAGGAGUCAGUCGUGAUCAAGAAGUGGGAUGGUAAACACGUCGCUGGUCCUCAACGAGCCCCCACUUAGCCACUGUCUUGCCCUGUUUGACUUGUUUGUGACAGAAGUGACAGCCGCCGCUCAGUGACACUACCAAGCCGUCCCCUCUCAUUGCUCCCUCAGUGACUCUGUGCCCCAGUGAAGUCCCCCUCAGCUACCACUGCUGACGCUGGAGACUGACACUCAGAAGCUCUCACUUGGCUGAAGGAGUAAACGAAAGACACAACCAACACGAUGAUGAGUCCUGCUCGUGACGAUGUGGGUGCCAUGGGUGGAGGCGGUGGCGGCGGCGGCGGUGGAGGAGGUGGAGGCUUCAGCGAGCGAGGCCGCCGCCCACACCGCCACCCCGGCAGCGCUGAGGUGGAGGCCGAGAUGCGCCUCUACCUGGACAAGCUGAGAGAGAUCGUACCGCACAUCCCCAAAAAUCGGAAGGUGACGCGCCUCGAACUCAUCCAGCACGUCAUCGACUACAUCUGCGACCUCCAGCACGCCCUCGAGGACCACCCCGGCCUGAAGGACGAGCCCACCGCCCGCCUCCUCACCCCUCCCACGUCGCCCCACAGCCUCCCCUUCCACGGCACCUCGCCCACCCACGGCCUCGCCAACCCCACCAUGCCCCACCAGUACCACACCCACAACCACCGCCGCCUGUCCCCAGUGUCCCCCCUCGGCGCCACCAGACAACCCCUGGGCGUCCUCUCCAUGACCAAUACCCUCCAGACCCCAACGACGAGGCGGGACGUGACCAAGACCACCAGUAGACUCAACGGUUCGAUAUCACACACUCUUCCGGGCAGCAGCUGAGUCCUGCCGCCUCCACCACCGCCACCAUCAGCGCUUCAAGCCGCCUCAGCCUCCGCCGCCGCCGCAACCACCACCACCACCACCCGCCGCUGAGGAAGGAGGGGCUUGGUGCGUGAGGCUGGUUCUCGUCGAGCGGGGCAGUGCAUGACGGAGUGCUCGCGUCCCUGGCACUGACCUAGAGUCGGUUCGGAUCAACUUGAUGGAUGAGCUUCCCCCUCCACUUCACCUACACCUUUCGAUGUACACCGCACAGCCUCCUCCUCGUCCUCCUCUUCCCCUUGAUGAAUAUGAGUGGUGGUUGUUCGCGAGGAGAUAUUAUUUCAUUGGUGGCUGGCGGGUGGAGGGGAGGGUGGGAGGUGCCUGGCCGCCAACUUGACGUGAACAGACUGUAGUGCACUGCUCGCAGCACUCCCGCCCCACGCGGCCACAGUCAUUCUACUACACAGUAUUAUUACGUGUUUCUGGAGGGCGGUCCGUUCUCGAGCCUUAACUGAACGGUCUGGUCACAAUGUACUUUUAAGUCUUAUCCUUUUUUUAAUCAUCUCAACCAUAUUCUGUACUAAUCGUUGUUACCGUUCGUUAGUUGCACUAAGAGAUUUUUUUAUGACAAGUUCUGGCAUUCUACAGGUUCAGUCAGACCGGGAUUCCCGAAGCACUUGUUUGUAUAGUUGUUGUCCUUUAUAUAUUGUAGAUGUAACGUGCAGGUCGCCUCUACGGAUGUCAGACCUGCGCUCCUUCUCUAUGUUCCUGUAUUUUCAUGUUUCCACCUUCUGGGGUCGACCUGACCACAAGUAUGUGAUCCAGGGGCCAGGAGGUGACCUAGUCUGGGCGGUGCUGGUCGCUGGGACCUCGAGCACUGCGUCAAGGGUGCUGAGCUCAGGAGCAGCAGAGCAGCAGGUGCGUCACGUCCCCGGAAAGUGUGGCCACGACACCCGAGGCUCGGCCCCAGACGCCCGCCAAUGUGACUCCAAGGUUGUCCUCCUACGGUGUGGACGACCUGAGUGUUCUUGCGCCUCAUCCGCAGCCAGCCAGUGCCUCGCUUCCCAGGGAGGGCGGAGGAGCCAUCAUCGGAGUGCUGACGCCCUGCGGAAGACGAGAGAAACCCUUCUCUUCCUGUUUCCUCCGAACAUUCACCCGUCGCGGUGCCGCAUGCUCCUUGUCCUCCUCCUCCCCUCCGUCCACCUCCCAGCUGCCGCCCCAACGCCACAUGGCCCACAACUGUCUCCUUCUGGGGUGAGGCAAAACAGCACCACAGAUGUGGCGGCUGGACGGUGACACACGGACGCCGGCUGAUUCUUCUUACCGGUUUGAGCUCACUCAAGAGCUCCUCAGGCCGCCGCACCGCCGCCCCCUACACCCGCGCCACACACGGCCUGCUGCCGCCUCCAGGCCACCACAUGGCGGUGAACAAGCACCGCCGCUAUCAUCCGGAGGCAUAUUACUUGUGCUGUUUCGUCCUCCCCCGCCCCUGAUGCACGACACAUCGGGGGCCAAUAAACCGUGGGUAAAGCUUCGCCGCGUGGCCAUAUGGCUGCCAACUGCCGUCAAGAGGUGGCGGCGGGGCGGGCAGAUGGUCCUCCCGCUGCUUGAAGUCAUCGGGCGAGGGAAGGGCGACUCGUCACGUCUUUAAAAUACUGCAUAAACACAAGCCUCACUCGGACAAGCAGCAGUUUGGCAUGCCUGAUUCAUGAAAAGCCAUACCGAUGCUAUUAUCAACACCAUCUCCGCCAUCCCUAGACGCCGUCACCGCCGUGGCAGCAGCAAGCCCUGUGAUCACCUGCUGCGGGGCUCCCAGGCACAGCAUCCCUACCUGCAUUGAGACCUUGCCUGACCUAUACCCCGCAGCGCCGUCCCUCCCCCCGUGGAUCACCGUCUCGUGACAGCCAAUCUAUUACUUCUAUCGUAUUACACCAAAGAAUACCAAUGUAUUUUUCUUAAUAUAGGAAUAAGUUGCAUUGUAAGGUACGAUUAUUAGCCAGUAUCUCAUAAAUGCAGCGAACGUCGACACCCGCACCUCGGGCCACAGCACCCGAAGCCUGGAGGAGACGCAGCAGCCGCCCACUGGCAACACGUAACACGCAGAGCCCGAGGCCUUGCCGCCGACCACUGGCUAACCAGAAGGCCUGGUGGUGGCUGCGGCGGCGGGCAGAUGCCUGGCCAGUGGCCGGCUGCAGCACCGCCUCCAGCGGCCUCGCUGGGGCGCACGUGACGCUCCCCCGUGUCGUCAGCUGCUCGGGAGUGUUGCCAUCAUCGUCAGCUGUCUGGUGGCGUCACGGCUGUCCAGAUGCCGCGUCGCUCUACACAGACGGCUGCUCUUCGAUCCAGUGUUCCGAUCGUACCCUUCCGUUUACCCGUCAGCCGUGGCUUCAUCACACGUUGGUCAUUGUCUUAACUCUUGGAUUUCACUCACAAUCGAUAACGCCCCCUGGCCCUUGCCCUUCGCCACGCCGCAGCAGGCAGGAGUGUGCCCGACCAACGCUGAUGAAGCCGCCGCCUGACGCCCCUCGGCACACUGUAGUUGUUUCAGGUUCUUCGUGUGCGCUGCUGACGUCACACGGGUGGGCCGCCACAGGUGCGUGUCCUAGUAUUACCUGUGCACUGUACUAGUCCACGUGAGCUUCAGACGGUCACAAAUAGUCACGUAACCUGAUGCUACUGAUCGCUCCCCCCCCUGCCUCUGUUAUAUGGGAGGAGGGUGUCAAGGCCGCGCCACACACAGCCUCCCGCCACGCCUCAUGUCCUGCCUCACGCCCCUCAGGCUGCCCCUCUGUAUGCGCGAGGAUCACUGAGGGAGCAGCCAAUAUAUGAGGCCGUGGCUGUAUUGAGGCUGGGAUUGUGUGCGUGUGGCGUGUGCACUUGCUGAAUGUAUGUACGUAACGUCUGGCCUGACCCGUACAUGGCCACGGCGAGUUAUGUACGUACAGCUGGCCGGCGUACAUGAGAGUAUCCGUGACCGUGAUGAAUGUACACACUAGCCCUGUUAUUUACACGAGCUUAAUUGAUAAUGUAAUACACCUAAGACUAAUGAAUGUUUGUCUGUACCUAUACACCUGACGACCGCGGGCGUCCACCUUGGCCUAAUGAAGGUAUUACACCCGCAUGAGUGGCCCCCGCCGGUCGCUUCAUUUAUGUUGGUAAUAAAAGGGUUUUGUAA